AUGGGGAGCUCCCCACUAGAAAGACAAGUCGCCGAGCUACAGAACCGACUCCAGUCCCAGAGGAAUGAAAGCUGCACCCAUGAAGUUGCCGCACAUUCCAUCUCGCCGGUCGACUACCAUGGCGAGCUAUCGACGGAUGUUGUGCUUUUGAGUAUGAAGGCCGCUGCCGAGCCGUCAUUUAUCGGUGCAACAUCGGGUUUCUCGCUCUCUAGGCUCGUGGAGGGAAUCUUGUCUGAGUCCAUGUUAACCGAAAGGGUUAGAGGAGAUGACACAACUGUGUCUGAUCAGACACCAAUGCAAGAGCAGUCCGUGGCCACAGACCAAGAGGAUGUGUUGAUCGAUACGUUUUUUAAACGAGUGCACCCUCGAUAUCCAUUUCUUGACGAGGUUUGUCUUCAGGAUUUAUUCCGUCAGACAUUUCGAGACGAAGAUCAUAAUUCCCCCAAUCUCUUCUUACUGUACAUGGUUUACGCUAUUGCUGCGAGGACCAUUCAGCUGCAUCCUGAGAUGCGCCCAUGUACAAGACCAGAGACAUACUUUACACGCGCCCUUCGCCAUAUCGACUCUGCUCUAGCGAGCCAGAGCCUGCAACGGGUCCAAGCCCUCCUAUUAAUUGCCCUCUAUCUUCUACGAACCCCCAGUAACGUGUCAAAUCUUGGAAGUUGGCACAUUAUUGGGCUUGCCAUCAGACAUGCGGUCGAGAUGGGUCUUCACCGCAAUCUUCGUGAUUCUCGGGCGCGACAAUUGAAUAAAGAUGACCUGAACCUGCGUAAUCGUGUCUUUUGGAGUGCGUACAUUUUGGAUCGAGCGGUCUCAUUGACCCUUGGCAGACCAUUCGCCCUAGCAGAACAUGAGAUUGACGUUCCGGUACAUGACUCGCCCAAAUACCAAUCAUUCACCCAUAUGUGCCAUUUACGACGGCUGGAAAGUCGCAUACACCGUGAAAUAUUUGGAGCCGACGUGCAUGAAGCUUCCGACGAAAAGAUCGACUGUUUCCGGUAUGAGCUCGAUGCUUGGCAACUCGCUGUCCCGGUCCCGAUAGAUGCCUCAUUCGUUCUCCCCGGUUACUCGCUGUACGAUACAAGGGAAUUCUUCGACAUUCAAUACAGCAAGGCACUGCGUAUGCUCCUUCAGCGGCGUAUCACUACACCAAAGAAGGAGGCAGAAGGGGAGGAUUCAAAGACAGCAGAGUAUAUCGCACUGAGUGCUCGAGCAUCUGGGGACAUCUGCCAACAUUACAAAGUUCUCCAUCAACGAAGCCCGUUGGGUUGGAAUCUUCUGGCUCUACAUUCCAUAUUUACGGCUGGUCUAACCCUCCUAUACUCCAGCUGGACUAGGAAGGACAGGCCCGACCUCGUCGCCUUGGAAGACAUCCGAGCCUGUUCGAGUGUUCUGUUUGCCAUUUCAGAGCAAUGGCCGUCGACAAAACGGUUUAGGGACAUUUUUGAAACCCUCGCGCGGGAGAUGACGGAUAUUUUGAAACGCAACCAACCUCCGGAUUGGAACGCAUUGUUUCCCGUCGAUACGAACACGUUCGGGGGCGAGGGCUUCUGGUCGAUUUUUGAUGAUUUAGUGGAAGAUGAUUACAUUCGCGAUCAGUUUAGGCUUGAGGAAAUGAUGGGCUAA